AUGGGCCGCCCUCUGGAACCACUGACAAAGAAAGUCUUUAAAGGAGUGUUAGUAGCCGAAUUAAUGGGCGUCGUUGGAGCAUACAUUCUGUUUAAUAAGAUGGACACAAGCCAAGAUUUUAGGCAAACAAUGAACAAGAAAUUUCCCUUCAUCUUGGAAGUUUAUUACAAAUCCAUUGAAUAUUCUGGAAUAUAUGGAGUCAGAGAGCAAGAUCAAGAAAAAUGGUUGAACAGCAAAAGUUAG